CAACAUGGCGUCCCCCAUAUAGGCUGUGGCUGUGGCUUCAGCUCCAGGUACUCUGCGCUGCUGUGUGCCCUCCUCAGGCUACAGAAAGCAGCAAAGUUCGUUUCUGGUCACGGCUCUAGGAAGCCACCCUCCUUUAAGAGACUGGAGUCACCGCUUUCUUUUAGUUCCUGGAAGUUCCUCCUCAGCCCCUGGUUGGUUUCCCCCGCCACCUCCGGACACCCCCUGACCCUCCCAGACUGAAACCAUGAGAGUUCAACAUCUGUUGUUGCGCUUGCCGGGUUAUCUAGGGGCCCUGGGCCCCCCACGUCGCCUGUGGCGGUCCCGGUCCCUCAACAGUAUCUCCCCGGUGGGAUCCUGGCGUGGUCAGUCCUCCAGGUCCCCAGCCCACUGGAACCAGGUGGUGUCAGAGGCUGAGAAGAUCGUGGGCUAUCCCACAUCCUUCAUGAGCCUCCGCUGCCUGCUGAGCGACGAGCUCAGCAACAUCGCAAUGCAGGUGCGGAAGCUGGUGGGAACUCAGCACCCUCUGCUUACCACUGCCAGGCACCUGUCGUCUUCUGCCACAUGCCUAUCAAACCUAAUUGCAGCUUCAGGAGGACUUUGGGGGCUUGUACAUGAGAGCCGCCAUAACCUCCAGUUGAGGGGCUUGGUGGUGCUGCUUAUUUCUAAAGCAGCUGGGCCUAGCAGAGUGAAUGCUUCGCAGAACUAUGACGCAGUCAGUGGCAUCUACUCAUGUCAAAGAAGUUUGGCAGAAAUCACAGAACUUAUCCAUACUGCUCUCCUUGUACAUCGUGGGAUAGUAAAUUUAAACGAAUUGCAGUCUUCUGAUGGACCACUGAAAGACAUGCAGUUCGGAAAUAAAAUAGCUAUUCUGAGUGGAGACUUUCUUCUAGCAAAUGCCUGCAAUGGACUAGCUCUGCUACAGAACACCAAGGUUGUGGAACUUUUAGCAAGUGCUCUUAUGGACUUGGUACAAGGAGUAUACCAUGAAAAUUCUGCAUCAACCAAGGAAAAUUAUAUCACAGAUGAUAUUGGAAUAUCAACUUGGAAGGAGCAGACUUUUCUCUCCCAUGGUGCCUUACUAGCAAAGAGCUGCCAAGCUGCGAUGGAAUUAGCAAAGCAUGAUGCUGAGGUUCAGGAUAUGGCAUUUCAGUAUGGGAAGCACAUGGCCAUGAGUCAUAAGAUAAAUUCUGACCUCCAGCCUUUUAUUAAAGAAAAGACCAGCGACUGUGCGACUUUUCAUCUAAACUCAGCUCCUGUAGUCUUACACCAGGAGUUUCUUGGAAGAGAUUUGUGGAUUAAGCAGAUCAAAGAGGCUCAAGAAAAAGGAAGAUUAGACUAUGCUAAGAAAGUUUAUAGAUAUUACUUCUUAAAACAAGUUCUGAUCACCAUCUUCUUGAAGAAGUUGCGAGAAACAAUCAAAGCUGGCAAAGGUGUGACUUCAGCUAUUGACCUGUGUCGUUACCAUGGAAACAAGGCACUGGAGGCCCUGGAGAGCUUCCCUCCCUCGGAGGCCAGAUCGGCUUUAGAAAACAUUGUGUUUGCUGUGACCAGAUUUUCAUGACACCAAAUUAAAAAGACCCUAUUGUUCCUGAGCUGAAAAACCUAGGGAAUGAGGUGAUUGGGAGAGCUUUUGUGAUGAACUAUCUAUCUAAAUGUGUACAUGACUUUAAAAAUAUACACAUUUUUCUCUUUCUUUUAUCACAUUGCUAAAAUGAAUACUGCCUUCUUUUUGGAACUGCUACAAACAAAAUUAGAAGAAAAAAAAAAGGUCAAGCAGUUUUCACUUGUCACGCCAGAAGCACACUUGAGGCUGCACUAGCAGAAAUAAUUAAUGAGAUUCGCU